UCAAUGAGUCAUAUAUUCCGACCUCCAAACCACAAACGUAAAAGAGAGGAUUUUGAGAAGUUUGAGAGAGGAGGAGGAGUCAUGGGAGAAGAAAUUAUGGCAGCGGCAAACUACUAUUCGAAGGACUUUGAAUGGGAUCAACUUCGGCAAGAGAUUGAAAAUAAUCCUUCUCUUGCUCACCAUUUGCUUCCUUUUCCUAAUUCUUCUAUCACCCAAAAUCAACAUACCCUUUUGUCUUUUCCACUUUCUAUAUGUUCUCCGCAGGAAGAUUCUGAAGCAUGGAACAAGUUCCACACUCGCCAUUCCACUGGAAAAUUCUUCAAGGAGCGUCGGUACUUGCUUAAGGAAUUCCCAGAGCUAGCCUCUUGCAGGGACUGCUCGACAGUUUUGGAGAUUGGAUGUGGAAAUGGUAGUACAGCUCUGGCAAUACUACGUGGAAACAAGAGCAUCUCUCUGUUUGCCUGUGACUGCAGCAACGAGGCUCUUGAGAGGGCUAAAGAGAAUAUUGAAGCUGCUAAUAUGAACUUGGCUAAAGAACGUUUUUAUCCAUUCCAAUGUGAUUUCUCUGCAAGUGGAUUUCCAAACUGGUUAGUCUGCACUUCUUGCCGUGAAAAUUUCUUCCAGAAGCAGAAUAUGUGCUCCUCAGAUGCAAGAAGCUGCAGUAAGCAAGAUUUCCCAUCUGCCAAGAACAAUAACUGCAUUGGUGGAGUAGAUUUUGUUACCUUAAUAUUUACGCUAUCAGCAGUGCCACUUCACAGGAUGUCGAGAGCAAUCACAGAAUGUUUCUCUGUUCUAAAGCCCGGAGGACUGUUGUUAUUCAGGGAUUAUGGUCUUUAUGAUAUGACCAUGCUUCGGUUCGAGCCAGAGCAAAGAGUAGGAUACAGGGAAUACAUGCGUACUGAUGGAACAAGGUCUUACUUUUUUUCCUUGGAUAGUGUACGAGAUCUUUUCUGCGGCACAGGAUUCACUGAGCGUGAGCUUGAAUAUUGUUGUGUCCAGUCUGUGAAUCGACGGAAUGGGAAGAUCAUGCGAAGAGUAUGGAUUCAUGGGAAGUUCCAGAAGCCUCAUGUCCACGUAUGUUCUUAACCCUGUGGUUUUGAUGGAAGAAAGUGAGCUUGCAAGCAGCUACAUUAAUGUUAUCCUUGAGCAUAAGAAACCGAAAAAAACAGAUUAACAUGUGUAAUUUUUUACCCUUAUAUCCUCCUCCAACAGAGCUAAAUCAAAUAUGUGUAGAAGUAGAAUACUUGAGAUAAUGCCAGCACCUGAGAUUCCUUUAAAUGAAAGAUUCAGUCAUUUUCUA